AUGCCAAAAGCCCGGCCUGUUCAGCUUCCCAUCGCGGAUCGGAUGGCAUACAUCACCCUCACUCCAUGCUUUGACAUUGGGACAGAAGAUGCAGGACUAUCGUCCAUCGACCUGCUCAAUAUUGUGGCACGUCUUUCCUUCCUCCGCCCUCUCGCAAAAACCAGACACACGUCCAACACUGUCAAAAACGAAGUCUCGUGGCCACGGGUGCUGGUAGCUUUACAACACGCUUCUGCCAUCUUUCGACGUGCCAAAAACGCCGUAAUCGUCGAGGCGAAUGCUUCAACAUACCAAAGGACCUUGUCCACGCCUCCAAGCCAAAGUAUCGGGCAAUCACUCGCCUUCUGCCGCUCUCCAUGGGCACCGGUCAUUGUGGGAAGCGGACAUCAUAUCCAGACUCAUAACGCGACGACUGGACCCAGACAUGUCAUCCGCUCUGGAAUGCAAGACGAGGAAACCCUUCGCUGA